AAACAUAAUUAUGUGCCGUCGUAUAAAAAUAAAGCAUAUUCAAUACAAUCCUGCGCCUACACAAAUCAGAGAUCUCUGGUUCGAAUAGCAUUUAGCGCAUAUUUCUGAGAAUUUAUUCGAGGGGGAGAUCCAAGGAGAAAGAUUUCUUGUAAAUAAGUCAAAGUGUUGAGCGCUCAGGUUGAAGAUUCUUUUAUGUCUGUAGUCUCAUUUCAUCAGUGGGGUUGGUUGGAAGGUGUCAUCCUACCUCAAAUAAUAGGAAUAAACAAUUUGGUCUUGAAAGUGGAGGGGAUUGGCUGUAUGCAUUCAAGGCCAGGUCAAAACUUGAGGUGGUCUUUGGGUGGCAGUUGGAUGCACCCAUUUUUCAGUGCACUAGGAAUAGGGUUAAAACGUCAUCGAAGAAAACUUUCUUCUUGGAAGUCUUUUUGUAGUUCUUCAGUUCCUUUCUGAGCACCACAAGAUAUAAUUUUACUUCUUCAGAAUCUUGCUGUUUCCUUCCAAGUAAUCGCCCGUCAGAGAAAAAAUGGCUCUCUUAAAUAUUGGAGAAAGUAACCGAGAUGAUGCUUUCUACAGGUAUAAGAUGCCUAAAAUGAUCACAAAAAUUGAGGGCCGAGGAAAUGGCAUCAAAACAAAUAUUGUAAACAUGGUAGAUGUGGCUAAAGCACUUGGUAGGCUCCCUUCUUAUACUACUAAGUAUUUUGGAUGUGAACUGGGUGCUCAGUCAAAGUUUGAUGAAAAAACUGGGACUUCUCAUGUUAAUGGUGCUCAUGAAACUGCAAAACUAUCUUCACUUCUGGAAAUUUUUAUUAAAAAGUAUGUGCAGUGCCAUAAAUGUGGCAAUCCCGAGACAGAGAUCCUUAUUUCUAAAACACAGAUGAUUACUUUGAAGUGUUCUGCUUGUGGAUAUGUUUCAGAUGUUGAUAUGAGGGACAAGCUGACUACAUUUAUUUUGAAGAAUCCCCCAGAGAAGAAGACAGGCAAGGAUAAGAAGGCCUUGAGAAGAGCAGAAAAGGAGCGUUUAAAAGCUGGUGAGGCAGCUGACGAAGACAUGAAAAAGGCUAAAAAAGAUUCAAAGAAGAAAGGCCACGAGGGUUUGCUGCUUAAAGGCUCAAAUAAAAAAACAUCCUCUGAUGAGGAUCGUUCUCCUGUAAGCCAAGACGAGGGAGAGAAUGAUGAUGAUGAUGUGCAAUGGCUGACUGACGCUUCAGUUGAGGCUGCAAAGCAGCGAAUUAAGGAGCAGCUGAAUUCUGUUACAAGUGAGAUGGUUAUGUUGGAAAACCUUGACGAUCAUGAAAAAGAUAAAUCAAAAAUCUUUUCUAUCAAGAAUGGAGAACUUAAAUCUGACAGCAACAGUAAAGGUGAGAUUCAAGAUAAUGUAUCUCUCAAGCAGCCAGGGAAGGAUGUUGAAAUAGAGUCCAAUCUGAAAGAACUACAGGAGUUGAGUAUUCAUGAUGAGCUUGUCUUGUCGUUUAAGGAUAAGAUUCAGAAGAAAUCAUAUAAACCAAGCCAAUUAGCAUCUUUCAUGCAGUCAAAGGAUUCUCCUCCACAAGAACUUAUGAAUGCCUACUUUGAAGCUCUUUUUGAAGGUACUGGUAAAGGAUUUUCAAAGGAGGUGAGCAAAAAGAAACAGUAUUUGACUGAAGUUGUGCAGGAUGAAAAUUCUCAGAUGCUGUUGCUCAGGGCUGUUGAUGCAUUUUGUAAUCAUGCCCGAGUUGAAGCUGUCAAGGAGGUCAGCUUAGUUUUGAAAUUCUUGUAUGACCAGGAUGUAUUGGAAGAAGAAAUCAUAUAUGAAUGGUUUGAUAAAGGUUCUGCAGAAGUGGGAAAUAAGGCAUCUCCAAUUUAUAAAAAUGUCAAACCACUUGUUGAAUGGUUGAAGAAUGCUGAGGCUGAGUCUGAGGAGGAUUAGGACUUUCUAGCAAACCUAAAUUCCUAAAAUAAUUGUUUGCUCAGCGUUAUGUUUAGGGUUUCUAGUAAUCUUCUAAAAUCUUUUGUAGCAGAUGGCUAAUGAAUUCUUACUGUUGCUGUGCUUUUAAUGAGAGAUGUGUGCUGAAUGUUUAAAUGCUGGGUGAUGAAGUCUUGUGAUAUCCCAUUUACCUCUGGAA